AUGCCGCCACACAGGAAACGAAGCAGGACGGGUAGCCAUCAGGACAGCCUCGCAGGCGCUCUGCCCGGGGAUCAAGCGAGCGAUGCCAUCAUCAUCUCCGACGGUGAGGACGAGGAGCUCGGCAAGGAAGAGCUCAAGCUAGAGAUACUUCAACUCGAGCAGAGGCUUGAAGACCAAACGAAGCGGACAAAGCAAUACGAGAUCGAGGCGGUCAGGUAUCAGGAGCUGCUGCUCAAGUGUCGGCGCAGCGCCCAGUCCGCCCGCGACAAGCAAGCCGCUCAGUCGCAGCAACAAGCACGAGCGCUACACGACGGCCUUGGAGAGGUGCAGGACAUGGCCGGCGCGAUAGAAACGACCCAAAGCAAAGCCAAGGAGCAGAUUGACGAGCUGCGCAAGAGCCUCGAGGCUGAGAGGCAAGCCCAUGCUGCCGCCCAGCAAGCUCGCCAGCAAGCCAUCGACACCAUCACGGACCUCGAGGCCAGCAUACAGAAACUGCAGACGGAGCUAAGCAGUGAAAGAGAGACACGCAUGAAGCUGGAGUCGCUUCAAGCCAGCCUCGCACGAGAGCAGGCACCGCAGACCUCUGCCGUCCCUCCAGCACAGAGCGGAGCAUCCCCAAGCUCCAGAGCUGACCUCCCAGUCGCCAGGCCGUACACAAGGCCCGCCCGGGACCCGCGGCUGGCGAAGCGCCAGGCACCUGGGCCAGAGCCUGGAAGCUGCAUCUUCAGCGAGGCGUACGUGAGCCUCAAGGGCAUGCCAGGCAAGCACAUGGACCCUCGCUAUCAUGGUUGGCUGCCGUAUGAUGACGCCUUCGAGAUCAAAGACAGCUUGACUGUGCUCUGUGACGGGGUAGGAGAGGGAGGCUAUCGGUCAGGGAUCUUUGCGAGGAAGCUUGUGGAGAGCAUGGCAAGGCCUGUCGACAUGCUCGGCGAUCUCUUUGAAAAGCUUGAGUACUGCAUCCAGAGGAUGCCGAGAGGAGUCGCAAGUAUAAAAGGGGCGUGGAUCGUGCGCGAGGGCUCUAGGGGCUACUUCACGUCUGUCACCUUUGUCUCGAUCGAGUCGCUGCUGGACAGCUUCAGGCCUUGCCUGCUGCUGACGUUUGGCGGAGAGAAGGAGGAAAAGGAGGAGGUUUUGACCAGGGGAGUAAGAUGGAACUUCUCCUUCUGCUCUCUCCUGUCCGGCUACGGAGACUCGAUCGUUUGUGUGGGGUCACAAUCUGUGCAACAUGUCGUUGAGGAGGAGAAAGAGAUGCAGGAGCAGGAGCAGGAGCAGGAGCAGGAGCAGGAGCAGGAGCAGGACGAGCGUCCAGGCUUGCUGCUGUCCUUGUGCUUCAUUGGAGGGAUCGACGAGCAGCACCUUAAAUGCGCAGACGGCAUCUUUCUCAAGGGAGACGUCAAGUGA